AUGAAUAAUGAAACAUCUGAUUUUCUUCUUUUGGAAUUCUCAAAGAUUUGGGAGCUACAGAUUAUGCAUGCAGCGUUAUUACUUAUAAUGUAUUUAAUGAUAGUAACAGGGAACCUUCUCAUUAUCUCUGCUAUUAUUUUUGACCACCAUAUUUACAUCCCCAUGUACUUCUUCCUGAUGAACUUAGCAAUGCAAGAUAUUGGUUCUGUUUCAGUCAUUAUCCCCAAAGCUGUUAUUAAUUCUCUUACCAAUAUCAGAUAUAUUUCUUAUUCUGGAUGUAUUGCUCAAGUCCUGUUGUUUGUCUUUUUCCUGGGUUCUGAUAUUCCCCUCCUUACUGUAAUGGCCUAUGAUCGGUAUGUUGCCAUUUGUAAUCCUCUACAGUAUGAAAUGAUAAUGAACGGGAAGGCUUGCAUGAAAAUGAUGGGUAGUGUAUGGAUUGUCAGCCUUCUCAAUGCUUCAUUACACACUAUUGUCACUUUUCAUACUCCCUUCUGCUCCAAUAUUAUUAACCAGUUCUUCUGUGAAAUCCAAUAUCUACUUAAGAUUGCCUGUUCUGGUUUAUAUAUAACUGAAAUUGGAGUUCUGAUCUUCAAUACUAUUUUAGCAUUUGGUUGCUUUGCCUUUGUUAUUGUCACUUAUGUGCACGUCUUCUCUGCUGUACUGAGAAUUCCUUCAGUCCAAGGUAGGAAAAAGGCCUUCUCUACUUGCCUGCCACACCUCAUUGUCUUCUCCCUAUUCAUGUUUACUGGUUGCUUUGCUUACCUAAAGCCCAUAUCUGACAGUCCAUCACAUAAUAUUGACUUCAUAAUAACAAUAUUGUAUUCCAUUCUUCCACCUAUGUUGAAUCCAUUAAUCUACAGUAUGCGAAACAAAGACAUCAAAGCUUAUCUUUCAAGAAUUUUUGUUCUCAGUUCAUAUCGUUUUAAAGAAGUAUGA